AGCAUGGUGUGAGACGAGGCGAGGAGGGAGAUGAACGCUUUUCAGAAAAACAAAUCCAAGGAAACUCUGUUCACUUUUAUUCCUGCAGGAGAUGAUCCCCCCAAAGGAGGUUUCUCUUCUCAGAAAAAAUCCCCGAAACUAUGUGGCACCAACUACCCACUCAGCAUUGCCUUCAUCGUGGUGAACGAGUUCUGCGAGCGCUUCUCCUACUAUGGCAUGAAAGCCGUGCUGACUUUGUAUUUUCUCAAUUUCCUCCACUGGGAUGAGAACUUAUCCACCACCAUGUACCAUGCCUUUUCAGGCCUGUGUUAUUUCACACCUGUCAUUGGAGCUCUCAUCGCCGACACAUGGCUGGGAAAAUUCAAGACGAUUAUCUACCUCUCCAUUGUCUAUGUGAUUGGCCACGUGAUAAAGUCUGUUGGUGCGAUACCAACUGUGGGAAACCAGGUUGUUCAUGUGGUUCUGUCCAUGCUUGGCCUGGCUUUGAUUGCCUUUGGAACGGGCGGUAUCAAACCCUGUGUGGCUGCCUUUGGUGGGGACCAGUUUGAAGAAGAACAUGCCCAAGAAAGGAGCAAAUUCUUUUCAGUCUUCUAUCUAGCUAUUAAUGCGGGAAGUUUGAUCUCUACAUUUGUUACUCCUGUAUUGAGAGGGGAUGUGAAAUGCUUCGGAGGAGAUUGCUAUGCCUUGGCUUUCGGUGUCCCAGCAGCACUCAUGGUUAUAGCCCUGGUUGUGUUUAUUGCUGGAAGUGGAAUGUACAAAAAAACUCCGCCGCGAGGGAACAUCUUACUCGAAGUUUGCCAGUGCAUUGCGUUUGCUAUUACAAACCGGCUGAAAAAUCACUCCAAACAGAUUCCAAAGAGGGAGCACUGGCUAGAUUGGGCAUCAGAAAAAUACUCAAAGCAACUGAUCAAUGAGAUUAAAAUGGUGACACGAGUUCUCUUCCUGUUUAUCCCACUGCCAAUGUUCUGGGCUCUCUUUGAUCAACAGGGAUCUAGAUGGACUCUGCAAGCUACUAAAAUGAAUGCAGACUUUGGAGGAAUAGUCUUUAAGCCAGACCAAAUGCAGUUCUUGAACCCACUCCUGAUUCUGAUCUUCAUCCCAAUUUUUGACUUUGGCAUCUACCCCCUGAUCAACAUGUGCAGAUUUAAUUUCACGCCUAUUAGAAAAAUGGCAACAGGUAUGAUCCUUGCAGGUCUGGCGUUUGCAGCUGCAGCCAUUGUAGACGUCAAAAUAAAUGAAACCACUAUGCCCUCGCCUGUUCCAAAAGAAAGUUUCAUUCAGGUUCUGAAUUUGGCAAAUGACAAUAUUCAUGUGAAAAUCCAAGGCCAAGACUUAUUUCAGCAACCCAUUGGGGCUUUUCAGGACCCAGCUGAGUAUUCAAAAUUAAUGCUGAAUGGAGCACAACAAAACCUUGGCUUUGAGCUGCAGUCCCAAGGAUCAGUGUCCACAUUUUACCACACCGUGCAGGAAAAGUCAGUAUACAGCUUAAUUGUCUACAAGUCAGAGGGAAACCUAUCAAGCCACUUAAUUGCAGACAUGGAAACAAAACCAGCCAAGGGGCUGACGGCUGUCAGGUUCAUUAAUGCUUUGGACCAAGAUGUCAACGUCACCAUUGGCAGAGAGCAGAUCAUCAGUAUUAAUAAGAACUACAGUGUUUCAGAUUACACAACGUUAGAGAGGGGAAAAUACAGUGUACAAUGCAAAACUGAAGCUAAGGAAGUCACCCUGGACCUAGGCCUGCUUGACUUUGGAGCAUCGUACACCAUUGUUAUAACUAACACUUCUGCAAACACUAUUGGAGCAUGGAAGACAGAAGAUAUCAUGGCCAACGAUGUCCAUAUUGCUUGGCAAUUGCCACAGUACCUGUUAAUAUCAGCCGGGGAAGUGAUGUUCUCCAUUACGGGGCUAGCAUUCUCUUAUUCUCAGGCUCCUGUCAGCAUGAAAUCAGUGCUCCAGGCAGGCUGGCUGCUCACCGUGGCCUUUGGAAAUGUCAUUGUGCUCAUCGUUGCCCAAGCAGCGCCGCUGGAGCAGUGGGCUGAGUUUGUCUUGUUCGCUUGCCUGCUCUUUGCCGUGUGCAUCAUUUUCUCCAUCAUGGGCUAUUUCUACAUUAGCGUGGAUCCCGAAGACCUGCCAGAAAAAGAAGAGGAGAAAGAGAUGCCCAGUAAUGGAAACGUGAUUAGCCUCGUUCCCCAGAAAACAAAGCUAUAACAUGACUGUAGGUUGGGCUGGUUGCUUUUUUUAAACAGAGCACAUUAAGAGGAAGGAGGUUCAGGGGCAGGGACGGGGUUUUAUUGCAUUCUGGCCUCUCGCUCGAAAUGUAUCUUUCUGCUAAAUUGAAAAAAUAUCCCCCUUUUCCCCAAACAAGGGGUCUGAAAAUUUGUAUAAAACUGCCCGGGAAAGCUCCCCUAGUAUUAAAGGCACUAUUACAAAUAAAUACAAUAUAAUUUUAAAUCUG